AUGCCACCAAAAGGGAAGACUGCUCCUGCAGGGCUCGUCAAAAAAGAGCAGCAUGACGAAGAACCUUUCAACUGUGGGGCUGCCUCGUCACCCUUGCCAGCGGUUUUGGAUGCAUCUACACCAUCCGGAAGCCAGAAAUUCUCUCUUUCACCCCCGACCCUUCCGAUGAGCAUCCACCCUUUAAAUGAUUCCUCUCCUAUGACUAGUAUUGCCGACGAGGACGAAUUUCCACAUCCAUCUCAGCUCACACAGAUGGUUCGAGCAAUGAGACCAACACCGAAACCGAAACCAAAGACGCAGAGGGAUACAACUGAUAGAGAGGAUCCGCCAAUUGAAAUGCUCAACGAUGUAGAAAGCGACGGUUCUACAAGGUCCGCGAAGUUCCAAGGGCGUGAACAGUCCCGUUCCCUGGCCGGUACACUAGCCUUUACGAAGCGCAAAUGGGACAAAUCGAUAUCGUCCUCUCCGUCUACUUCGAGGCCAAAACAGCGACUCAAGUACUUCCAUGACCCAGGGAACGAAGAAAAUGGGAGUUCCUCGUGUUCUUGCUCGAGAAAAUCCUCCGAUUUUCUCAGAUAUAACUUUCACGAUUCAUUCCUGUACUUGGAUGCCAGUGUCAUCGUCCGCAUCGGAUUGACGCAGUUCAAACUGCAUCGUACAUUACUAGCGGAACACGGAGUGUGGUUCGCGGCGCGUUUUCAAAAAUACCCAGAUGACAGGUUCGGGGAACUCCCAGUGUACAUACUGGAUGGUGUCAUUGAAGAGCUUGAUUUUGUGAAUUUGUUAACAGCAGUGAAGGAAGCUAUCACAUAUAUAGACAACCCCCCGGAUUUACAAAUCGUCGUCUCCAUAUUUCGAGCCGCGCAUAAGCUCAAAUUUACCAGAUUCGAGGAUUGGACGAAAUCCCUGUUGGAGAAAAUGUGGCCCGCGCAAUUAGAUCCUCUGGAUACCAUAUCAAUACCUGCCGAGCUGACACCAAACCGCAACGAGAGGCUUUUAUCUACACGUUUGUCCCCUAGUGUGGCUACCGCCAUUGUACUGCUUGCCCGCAAAUGCGGUCUUCAGAGUGUUCUAAAACGCGCACUCUAUGAACUGGUACGAACAGACGGUUUUGGGCAAACUUUGGACAGUUCUAUAUCGGUUUCAGGUCCCUGUGAUCAAUUAUCAGCAGAGGAUCAUCGUCUGCUCGUGAAAGCACGAGAAAGGCUGAUCUCCUUGUGGAUGUCGGUUGCAACACCAUCUUUUCCCCCCUGUCCGCUUGCUAAUAUUCCAGUCAAUGAUACGCGUCCAGAAUGUACAGCAUGCGAUCCCGUCCAGGAUACUAGUGUUUACAGCAACGUAUUGCAUGGCAUUCCAUCCGUUUCUCAACCGAGUACAGAAAUUCGGAAAUCCUUAUUCAUGACUUAUACCAACGAUCCUCUUUGUGGGCUCGAGAAGUUGGUAAAAUUACCCUGGGAAGCACCCAAUACUUUAGACGGUACAGAGGUGCUCAAUCAAUCCUUUGGAGACUUUCUGCGAGCCAACGCGGACCAGCUGGGCCUGAGUUUCAGGUCUAAGUUAUACAUCGGAGAGGGUGCUGAUCCUUUUCCCAAUAUCAAUGUCAGGACUAAUCGCAAUCGCAUUCCUUCUCACGACAGUGUCCCGCUACGCGUGUCACUACGCUCCAUUCACAUACAAUAUCUGGUAACGACCACCAAAGAAACUGACUAUACUUCGUUCUCCUCUCGACUGUCUUUGCCAUAUAUGAGUCUCUUGGAUAAUAUCUUGAAACGUUUCUUCACUUACCAUCUUGUCAAGAAAUAUCCUCUUGUAUUCGGCGCUCCAUGUCAGCAAUUGGAUAUCGAAGCAUUGUACUUCUUUAACAUCUUCCGGUCCAUACACGAAAUGGCACAACGGUCUUAUGUGGACCAUGCUGAUGCCGAAGACGCUGGGCCUCCAAAACUGAACAGCAAGACAGCAUUUUGCCUUUCCAUGGAGAGGUCAUUCUGCAACGGAGCCACACCCAUUCUACCGAUGACCAAUACAGAUACACAUGAUGACGAGGAGAUCUUGCGCGACUACCCUGUCAAAUCCUCUCAUAUCAAUGACGCUGAACUCGUGGAAUUUGUUGGACACGAUGAGGGCGACCAUUCAUUCCAGGGCGAUUACGAUGAGGCCUUCCACCUAUCUAGACAAGGCUUCUCGGACAGAGACUGGGCAGCAGGUGAUUCUCUAGCCACUUCUCUAACUGUUGCAGUUUCCACGACCUAUUCAAAUAUGAUAUUUGAUUCCGACGCAGACGAUUCAGCUUAUGACGGUUCUAAGGCUAUUGUUGAUGCUGACGGCGAAAUGGUUUGUCUAUCGUCAGAUCCUGAACUUCCACGCCCUCACCGAAGCCCUGAGGCUUUGGCCAAUGAGCACCGUAACCAUCUGGAGCGUCACACGUCCAUCUUCUCUGAAUCCGAAGCAGGAAACGCUCCCUCAGCUUGUCGUGCUUUCUUUGCCUCUAGGUUCGUGUCUGAAGCUGAAAUGGACCAGGAUUCGGGAAUAGUUCUGGAUAUGGGUGAUUACUUGGAUGUCCUGCCGCAUGCUGCACCUCAGGUUGUCCCACGUCCCUCUCAUCACAUCUUGGAAUACGAAAUAGACAUCUCAAAACACCCUUCUUCUGAGGUUCUGGACAUUGAUUCGGACGUUGACGCUGGCUGGCUCACUGUGCCCCUUACACCACUCCGUCAAAAAGGUGUAGACCACCUGCUAUCGGACGACGACAUGAAAGGAAUGGAUAUAUGUGCUGCUAAUCCUUCUUUCUCCCCCGUUCCUUUUGCUCAUUUCAUUGCCUCGCAUUCUGGACCUGGGUCUGAUCGCUUCAAGGGGCCACCAUCUCUCGAUUUCGGGUCCACCAAGAACAAGAGCAUAUCCCUCAUCUCUUUUGCUCCCAUUCACGAAGCUGUCAAAAAUCACGUCAUCGAUCCUGAAGUGUUCAGAGGCGACAUUCUCUUGGAUAACGACGACAAGGACUGCCCCUGCAACGGAAAGCGAACCUGUGUCCCUCUCACGACACUUAACUCUUCUCAAUCUUCUUUUCGAACUACGCAGUCAUCUUUGGCUUCUUCAGCAUGUUAUACCUUACUCUCAUCGCCAUCAGGCUCUUCUUCCUCUUCUGCCUUGCCAGUAUCGCCUAUCUCACUGUAUCUAUCACAAUAUGAGCAUAAAAACGACGGAAAUUGCAACCACGACGAUAACGUUGACGAUUCCCACUGUUCUCGUACACCCCAUGGACUGACGUUGACGCUGAUGCUUUACCUCUUCACCCGCAACUUCACAGUUCGUCCGGUUCCAAUAUGGUCACGUCUCAAUGUAAUCAAUAUCGUGCGGAAGACGACGGGACAAUGGGAAAAUCUGACUGGGAGCUCGAUUUCACGGAAGAUAUUCUAA